AUGAUGGUUAAGAAGUUGGAAUUGACUGAGCAAUUCAAAGAUAUGAGUUUGGUUUGUGAAGUAACGCCUAAGAGUGUUAGGUUGGGUAUGCUGAAGAUUAAUAAUGAUUUUCUGGAUUGUAUCAAGGAAGCUCAGAAGUUAGAUGUGAAAUUGGUGGAUUUGAUGGUUGGAAUCGAUCAAUAUGAGGAUAGAGAUUUUAAGUUGGAUGCGCAAGGUGUGUUGAGAUUCCAUAAUCAGAUUUGUAUUCCUGAUGACGUGGAUUUGAAGAGAGCGAUUCUUGAAGAAGGUCACAGAAUUUCGAAGUUGGUAGAGAUUUAUACCAAUGUGAUUGUUAAGUUGCAUGGUGUUCCUUUAUGUAUUAUUUCGGAUCGAGAUCAGAGGUUCACUUCAGAUUUUAGGAAAAGUUUACAAGGAGCACUGGGUUCUAAGUUGAGGUUGAGUUUGGCGUAUCAUCCUCAAACAGACGGUCAGACGUAG